ACCAAGGCUCCUCACUCAUCUUUGUCUACUAACCUAAUGGCAUUAAGUAGGGAGAACUUGAGGACCCAUGAGGAGAUUGAAGUUUAUGGUGAACAGACAUGGAAGGACUUUAACGAAUCUCUAGAUGGUUCAACAAAGGAUGCUCUAAUGGAUGACAGCGAUACUCCUACAAAUAAUCUGCAGAUUGAACCGCAAGAUGGAUGUCAUCCUGGUGACGGUGAGGAAAGGAGAAUAACACGCUUGCCUUCCGUAUCAGAUGAAAAUGAAAAUCAACUUGAUGGGGAUGAGCUCGAGCAUCUGACCAGCAGUGACAGUGCAAUGGGAAAAUCCGAAGUGUUUGAGCAGGACAGUCUCAACAAUAAUGAAAGCUGCACGUUAAGUUGUGAGGUAGCUGCAAGUGAGAACUCAGAAAACACACCUUAUGAAGGCCCCACCGAUGGACAGGCCUCCUUGGGAAAAGACAAAAAAAUACUUGGAAAAAGAAGUUCAAGAAGCAAAAAAGGUACUGCUAAGAAGAUAACACCAGAAUUUUCUUCAGGAGAUACUACAUCAUUAGUGCAAGAAAAGAUACUAAGUGCACCCACACAUGCCGUUGGUGAUGAAGAGAUUGCGGAAGUAAAUGCUAAUGAUCAACCAGAGGCACCGAAGCUGGGUCUGCAGUCUUUGUUCUCACUUCUACGGGGUGACGUGGAGCAGCUGGAUUCAAGAGUACUUCCCCUUUGUCUUCAUCAGAUAGCUGAGUCCUAUUUCCAGGAGGAGGACUAUGAGAAAGCAAUGAAAUUCAUUCAGCUUGAACGAUUAUAUCAUGAACAGUUGCUUGCAAAUCUCUCUGCCAUUCAAGAACAAUGGGAAACAAAAUGGAAAACUGUACAACCACAUGCAGUUAUGUCUCCAAGAAAUUCAGAAAAAGGAUUUAAAGGUGAAGAUUUUGAACGGCUUACUAAAUUCUGCACAACACAUCAAGAUCCUCUUUUAUCCAAACAUAAGAUAGCGGCCGUAGAAAAGUCUCUGGGAAGGAAAUGUAUUAUGCAGUUAAUAGUGUCUGAAGAUCCAAAGGAAAGAGGAGCUACAGCCAAAGAGUCAGAAAAUAAAACGUGUCUUGGCAUGGAACCAACUAAAGAAAGCGGGCAGCAAGAAGAGCCCUUGGAGAGCAGUCCUUGCUGUGACCAGUCAGGCCAGCAGGCAGAUUCCCUGAGCCUUCCGGUAACUGCAAGAAAGGACCACACGGAGGAGCCUCUCUGCAGCACUGAAGCCACACUGGAGCUCCACGCCCAGUCCUCCGAGACGGCUGGGAGCAGGUCUGGGCCAGACUCUUCGGAGAGUGCCUGUGAAGAUGACAGCCACUUGCAGCUGGCUCAGACAGAGUCCUGCCAAAAUGUAGCCAAAACAGAGGACAUUGCUGAAGACCCAAAGGUGUUACCUUCCAGUGAGUCAAUGAUAGAGCCACAGGUUUUAUCAGGCUGUGACCAUAUACCUCCUGCAUUGAUUUCUGAGGGUAAAUAUUCACAGACUCAAAGAAAAGAACUCCAUUUGCCACUUCAGGAUGCUUCUGAGGCGUUGCCCAGAGACCAACUUGAGAACAAUGAAUUAGAUGAACUCCAGCCACCUGAUCUCACAGACAGCAAUGGAAAAUCACCAAAGGGUCAGACUGACUCAGAGAGCACUGAGAAUGUACUUUGUGAAAAUAAUCAAAUAUCUGAUUUAAGUACAGUGCUUCCAAAGGUGUGUAUGGCCCCAGAGGAAAAGGGGGACAAGGAUGACCAAGUCAAUAAAGAAAUAGAAGACUAUUUGAAGAGCCUUUUAGAAGGAUGUUUAAAAGAUUCCGAAGUUUCCCUUUCAUAUGGAGAUAACCAAGAAGACGACUCUGAUCUCCUUCAAGAUCUUUCUCCGGAGGAAGCAUCCUACAGUCUCCAGGAGAAUCUGCCUUCCGACGAAAGCAGCCUUUCUCUUGAUGAUCUUGCCAAAAGGAUAGAGAUUGCAGAGGUUGUUCCUGCUGAAGGGGUCUCUAUAUUAAAGAAGAGAAGUGAUGCUGUAGGUGAUCAUCCUGCCCAAAUGCAGCAGAAGCCGUCUAAGCGAAGAGUGAGGUUCCAAGAGAUAGACGAUAAUUUGGAUCAAGAUGAAGUUGGAGGUGGCUCCUGUAUUUUACUGAUCUUGCUCUGCAUAGCCACAGUGUUCCUCAGUGUGGGAGGAACUGCAUUAUACUGCACUUUUGGUGACAUGGAGUCACCCGUUUGUACAGACUUUGCAGACAACAUGGACUUCUAUUACACUAAGUUCCUACGGGGAAUGGCAGAACUUAAACACUGGAUCUACCUCUCCUAGCAGCAUUCCAGAGAGACACGCAUGCUGGCAGUGAGAAUGAAAGAUGUGAAACUUUCCAAACAGCUUUUCUUGCGGCAGUUCUGUGACAUUCCCCCCUCCCCUCAGUGAGAAACAAAGGACAUCAGAAACAGCGACUUUAGAACAAUCCACGUAAUGAUACUGAUCUGAGCAUUGUGGAUGGAAGGAAUGGACUUGGGAGAGCAUAUCCACCUCCUCACUGCGUCCUAGUGGAAUGAGGUUCACUGAGCAGAUUUAAACAGGGCAGUCGUGGAACCACACUAUUUUUAGCUACCUUGUCAAGCUAAUGAUUCAAGAAUAUGUUUCGUUUACAUUUAUUAGUCUGUAGACAUUGCUUCCAGCCAUCACGCAAUAAGUUUGUGUGUAAUCAAAGAGUUACCUUAGGAUGUCCAUGUCAUUUUUCGGUUAACCUUGGAGCUAUGUGAUUUAGGCUUUAUGCAUUAUUUCCAGAAUCAGUUCUCCAUUUGCGAAAUGGUUGUGUGUAGGAAUGUGUGUGCGCGCGUGUGUCUCAGUUCUCGUGAGCAAAUACUCAGCAUAGAAUAACCAAGAUUAUCUUUAUUCUUUUAACUUGACUAUGAUGUGCAGGCACAAAUCUUUGAAGAAGGCUUAACUAUGGAAUAGACAAAUUGUAGCAAUCUUGGUCUUGAAAUGAGAAACUGUGACAGAUUUGUGGCAAUUCAUAACUUAAUUAGCCAGAAAUUAAUCACAGGCCUAAAGGCAAAAUUAAGGAGCCACCUUCUCCCCCACCCGCAGGCUCACGCCCAAGUUUGAUCAUGAAUUGGAUGCUUCCUGAAAUAAUGAAGGCUACACUCAACUCAGUUCAGCAAAUAGUUAUUGAGUACCUAUUAUGUUAUAAAAAUCUGACAGCCAAAAAUACAAAUAUAGGAUGCAGUUCCUGCCAUAGAUGUUUUUAAUUCUGGUCUUCUAUAAAAUAAGCCAGUACUUGGAGAGUAAAAAUAAAUCACCAUUUAUAAUUCAGCGUUAGAUCAUGCAUCAGGUGUUUGAAUGUGCAUUCAUAUCAUGGGCUUGAUUCAGACCCUAUUGUGAGGUCAUUCAUCGAAAACCGAAUCAUACUUUAAUAGGCAAAUGUCUGACUUUUGUUUAAAUCUGUCAGUUAGGUGGCCUUACCUAAGGUACAGUGGUCUAUCAUGUAGGAAGCCUUGCUUUAACUUUUUAUAUUGUAGGCAGCAUUUAGAAAAAAACAGACGAACAUGAAUUAUAGUUUUUUAGCAAGUGAUCAUUAUUUU